GAAAUGACAACCACGAGCAACGUGCGCGUGCACGGGCGAGAAUGGUGUAGUGAGGUACUCGGCCUUUGUAAAAGGCCAACGAAACACGACAAAUGAAGGUGGAAAUGCAGAUUAGUGCGACGUUAUAACAUUAAGGGAGCCAGCGACGCCGUUUUUUUUUGUUUGUUUUUUUAAUGGCUUCAUCCCCCGGAGAGGGAGAAGGAAACGCGAGGGGUGUCGCGUGGAGACUCAUCGGCGCAGCCUCAGAGCUUUCCGCCAAGAGGUGCCGCCUGGUGCACUCCUCCCUCGGCCGGCAGUCGGACGUGUGCCUCUUCUUCGUCAAGGGGGAGUUCUUCGCCAUGGAUGCCCGCUGUGCACACUCCGGAGGUCCUUUGUGUGAGGGGGACAUCGAGGAGGGCGAUGGAAUUCUGAGAGUCUUCUGUCCGUGGCAUGACUACGACUUUGACCUCAGGACCGGGAAGUCAGGGACCUCAUUGAAGCAACAAGUGCAUGAAGUCAAGCUGGAGGAUGGUGACGUGUACGUGAAGCACGCAAGCUGUCUCUCCUUGCAGCCGUUUCCUGUCCAUCACAAGAACUGAGCUUCAACCUUCCAUCGUCCUGGCCGGGACGCCAAGUCGCUGAUUACGGGACGUCCUGCCGGUAGCGAGCACAUUCGGGGCUAUUUAUAAGACUUUAUCCCGCAAAGCCCAGCCAUCUGAAAGCAUUCCUAAGCCUUAUCUGUCAGUUACCCAGACAUUGUACUUUGAUUGCAAGUAAAAUCAAACGAUGAUAUCAGGCAAUUGUCUGAAGGAGACAUCAAGACAGUGCUUCAUAUAGACAGAAAAACCUUUUGCUAAACUUAAAAAAACACUUGAACAAAACUUGAACUCUGUGCAGAAGAAAAAUAUUUUACUGUUCUCAACUGUCACAGACAAUGAUGGAUUCAAAAUUGUUUUUCCAGUUGAUGAUUUGUGUUUUUACCUCAUAUCUGGGCCAUAACUGCCUCAGCUACUUAAAAAGUAACCUGAGGUUAGAGUAUAUUCUGGGUGAGUGUGUAUCCAUCUAUCCAUUUUCUGUUGUACUUAUCCCCAUUUGGGUCAGCUAGAACCUAUCCCAGCUGACUUUGGGCGAGAGGUGGGGUACGCCCUGGAAUGGUCGCCAAUUGCAGGGUAUGUAGAAAAACAAUUGGCGUUGUUGUGUGCGCACAACCGUCCUUAUGGGCAAUUAUGUAACUCUUCAAUGAACCAAACAUGGAUGUUUGGUUGCAUUCACAUUGAAUUGAAGAGGAGUGUAGUUACAUUGUUCUAGAGGAGAUGGUAAUCUUCGUUGCGAUUUUCUUUAUUAGUAAAUAAUAAUGUAAAAUUAUUAUUAUAAUGCCAAACAUUUUGUGUGCAUUUUUUCUAAAUCUUUCUGAUGAAAUAAAUGAUAUGUGAUAAAUGAAUGGAUGUUCGCUGUAACUCGGACUGUCUCUGUCCCUUCAAGUACAAUGAUUAUUGCCUUCUUCCCCUGUGUUAUGAUUUGCCGGGAGACCUGUGGCCUUUAAAGAAGACAUUCACUGAUGUCACAAAGCCCACAUGUGCCCUUUCAAAUUUACCUUAAUAAGGUUCUCUGUCUUUGAAAAUUAUGACCUUUUUUUUUUUUUUUUUUUAAACCAUUCUACUUAUGUAGUGGAAUUUAAGGCUGGUUUGAAAGGCACCAUGGGAAGGUUCUCAACCACUAAUGAAUCAUUGACAGAAAAAACUAAAUUCACCGGUUGUGUAUGUUUUUUUUCUUAUCUUUAGCUGUGCGUGCACUUGCUAUAUUUUGUUGAUGCCAUUCCUCCCUGAUGGGAAGUUUUAUUACAAUCAUAAUUUCAUUGGUUAAACCUCACUUGAGUGAGCAUUUCAGGUCUCGCUGUGGGCGUUAUUAAUCAUCCGUGAUGGGUACACACAAUUGACAUGGUGUUAAAUUGUGUAGAUGCAUAAAAUUGAUUGUUUUAUUUAAUAGUCUUUCACAAAUUUUUUUUUAAACCAGGCACCCCUUACUUUAGCCUGCCAGUUUUGGGGAACCAGCUGUCUUGUAAUAUUCUUUUAAGUCUAUGAAAAGUCAAAAUAAAAAUGUCUUGUAAAUUUGACACACCACAGAGAAGUGUUGUUAAUAA